GCUGGAUCAGUGCAUGUGAGAAUCCGGCGAGAUGCGAAUGAACAAAUGGUUCUUGCUCACGUGACCAACAGGCUAUACACUCUGGUGUCUACUCUGACUGUUCAGAUUUUCAAGGAUGAUUGGAUUAGGCCUGCCUUACUGUCUGGGCCUGUUGCAGCCAAUGUCCUCAACUUUUCAGAUCAUCAUGUAAUCCCAAUGCCUCCUCUAAAGAGCAGUGAUGAUUUGAAUCCUGUCACAUCAACUCCAGCUAAGCUUAGUAGUCCACCUCCGGAAUUUUCAUUUAACACCCCUGGAAAAAAUAUGAGCCCAGUUAUUCUUUUAAACACCCAAACAAGACCUUAUGGGUUAGGUCUUAAUCAUGGAUACACACCUUAUAGCAGCAUGCUGAAUCAAGGACUUGGAGUUCCAGGAAUUGGAGCAACCCAAGGUUUCAGGACUGGCUUUAUAAAUAUACCAAAUAGAUAUGGAACUAACAAUAGAAUUGGACAACCAAGACCUUAAUGUACUCUAGUUUCUUUUAAUUUAUUUUUAUGAAGAAUUUUGACUUCUUAACCUCUGAUUUGUUGUUAUCCAACUUUGCAUUGACUGAUCAAUGGUUUACUGUAAAUGUUAGAGACUAGUUAUCUUGUUCACAUUUCACAAAACCUAUGAAACUAUAUUU